AUGACACCAACGGGGGUGUGCUGCGGAACUGCUUGGGUGGAGUGGCUGCGAACUCCACUGGAACACGCCGCCGGUGCGGGCAACCUUGAUCUCGUGACUAAACUCCAGGGAGCCGGGGCGGGCGGGAGUGCUCUCCAUCUGGCACUCAGAGCUGGCCAGGACGCACUCGCGCGAGAGCUGUUGAGGCUGGGAGCACCCACGAAGGCGAUGGCCAAAAACGGCGAUACCCCUCGCCACCUGGCUGCCGCCAGUGGCCUCGGCGAUGUCUUGUCCUUGCUUCUUCGUGACGGGGCUGAGGUAGAUGUGCUAGACAGCAGGGGCCGAACGUCAAUUCAUCUCUCAGCGGAGAGUGGAUCUCUAUCUGCCGUUCAAGCUCUGUUGGCGGCCGGUGGAGACCCGAGCUUGCGGUACGGGAAGGACGAGGCGUUGUCGGCGUUGGGUCUGGCUGCUAGUAGUGGUGGGUAUGUUGAAGUCAUGCAAGCGUUGAUUCGGCACGGAGUGGACGUGAAUGCACAUGACUCGAACGGCUGCACGGCCUUGCACUCGGCUGCGAUGGGAGAUAAGGUGGGAGCGAUAGAUACACUCAUCGAAGCUGGAGCGAAUAUCAACGUCCAGCGUGGCAAGUAUGAUGACGCACGGUCCACACCUCCUCUGCACAUGGCGAGCGAGAAGGGCUAUGAGCGCUACUCUGCUCUUCGCCUGGCAACCUGCAGCGGCCACAUCGCGACCGUGAAAUCGCUUCUGGCCGCAGGUGCGAACGUCGAUCUUCGUCCCGCAGCCUUAUGCAAGUCAGCGUUUGACUCAGCGUGUUUGGGAGGGCACGCCGACGUCGUGACGACCUUGAUCCAGCACGGAGCUAAAGUCGAUGCUACAGACUCAUGUGGGCGCACGGCCCUGUUCGACGUCAGCCGGGAAAACACCGUGACUGUGAUCGACAAGGUUGUGGCAGCAGGGGCUUCUGUCAACGUCAUAGUGGAUCAUUACGGUAAAACACUCCUCCAUCACGCAUGCUUGGAUGAUUGCCCUGGCCUUGUUGUUGACGCUAUCGAUGCUCUCGUCUCGGCCGGGGCUAUCAUCGACGCACAGGAGAAUCACAUGAGUACACCUCUUGUCAUCGCGUUUCGAGGUGCCGUGUUCCGUUGUAAGAAGGAGGACAACUGUGGUUCGGAGGAGUUCGCAGCCAUGAUCGCCUUGUUGAAGCACGGGGCCGACCCCAACGUCCGGAAUGUGAUGCACUGCGCUGCAUCCGACCCGACACUACCCCGAAGCGCUGUCAGCACUAACUACUUCGGAGCAGAGCGGAUAUAUAUGGAAACGCAAGAUUCUUUGAGUCAGAUCGCGUUACACAAGGCUGCCGAGAGCGGGAGCGUGCUCUGUAUCGAUGUCCUCGUCAGUGCCGGAGCCGUCACAGGUGUCAAAGACAUGAGACGUUGCACGCCUUUCACAUCGUCGCUUGGAACCGUCAUCAAACGGCCACGUUGGCCCUCCUACGAACCGGUGCAGAUAUUGCUUCGGUGGACAACGACGGUCGCUCAGCGUUGCACCUGGCGGUGA